GUCGAAUAUCAGAUAUCAGAAUACCAAAAUCAGUGACAAGCGUUUUUUGUAUACAAUCAACAAGAAGCCAGUAUGACUGACACAAAGAAUAAUCACCUGCCUCUUGAGGCCCGUCCAAUGAAGAAUACCAUAUGCCUCUUUGAUCUUGACGGUACUUUGUGCCCAGAAAAACAGGUUGCCUCGCAAGAAAUGCACUCACUCCUCGGCCUGCUUCGCCAGAAAUGUGCUAUCGGCUACGUCAGUGGUGGACCUCUUGCAAAACAGCAGCAGCAACUCAGCACUCCGUCAACCCCAGUGAUCACCCUCUUCGAUUUCUGCUUCCCCGAAAAUGGUGUCACGGCUUUUAGAAUGGGCACCCCUCUCCCAGGGACCACAUUCAUUGAGCAGGUGGGCGAGAUGAGGUAUAAAGAGCUAGUCAACUGGGUGCUGCGAUACAUCGCGGACCUGGAUAUCCCGAUCAAGCGAGGCACCUUUGUUGAGUUUCGGAAGGGUAACGUGAAUAUUUCACCCAUCGGGCAAGGGGCAAAUUAUGUUGAAAUGGAGGAAUUCUACCGCUAUGAUGAGAUCCACGGGACCCGGAAGAAAAUGAUUGAGGCAUUGGAGAGACAAUUCUCAAACCUGGGCUUGAGGUAUGCAAUGGGAGGUAAAACUUGUUUCGAUGCCUUUCCCGUCGGCUGGGACAAGACGUAUUGUCUGAGGCAUGUAGAGGCCGAAGAGGAGAGAAGUGGAGUGGCUUACGAUGAAAUCCAUUUCUUUGGGGAUAAGAUUUACGAAGGGGGAAAUGAUUUCGAGCUCUACAUGGACCAAAGAACGAUUGGGCAUGUAGUAAAUGGCCCCGAAGAUACAAUACGACAGGUGAGAGAACUGUUUGGGUUGUGAAAAUCUGCAGAUUUCAUUCUAUAGGUAUAUAGCAGCAUCUACGAUACACCUACAGGAACUUAGAAUUCUAUGGCAUCUGACAGGAAAAACCAGGCGUGUUUCAGAUUAAAUGUAGCACUUACACUCAACACACCACAACAUAUUUAUUUUCUAAACGCAG